AUGGCUGCCCUCAAGAAGUUGGACGUCCCCGAGGACUCCCCCCUCAAGAAUGCCGACAACCUCCCCCUGUCAUUCCCGCCUACUCCAAGCCAAUCCGAAGACGGUUCUGAGUCUGAAGAGGAAGCUUUGGUUAGGAAGACGAAGGAUGUUGUUGGGGCUAAGCCCCCUACUCUGAAUGAGCAAGUCUUAGACUUGACUCAGGAUAAGGAAUGUGAGGUCCCCAAAGACGCUCCUCCUGAGAAGGCUUCUGACGUUGGGAGGAAGACUGGAUUUGUCAUUGUUGUAAAGACAUCAGAUGCGGGAGAUAAUGACAGAAAACCAAGACUUACAUUUGCUUGUGAAAAAAGUGGUUACUAUAGAGAUAACAGGAAGAUCAAGGGGGAAUUAUUGAGGUUGACAGAUUCUAAAAAGUGUGGAUGUCCAUUUUUAUUAAGGGAGGAAAAAUUACCUACAAAUGAUGAGUGGAUGUUGCAUAUCUUAAGCGGAGUGCACAAUCAUCCGUCUGCUGAACAUUUCGAAGAGCACUCAUUUGCUGGUAGAUUAGCUAAAGAAGAAACAUCCUUAUUAGUUGACAUGUCAAAGAGUAUGGUGUGA